AUGGGGUAAACAAUCGGGCCGGCAAGCUUUGGCUUUACUUGAUAAGAAUACGCGAUACGAAACACACUUUUUUCCACGGCGCUCCCUUGAGUCAUUUUCCAGCGAUUCACACACCCAGUUGGGCCCAAGACACCAUGGAUCCCGUCUAUCCAGCUGCGCCCUUGGUGGCGCCCAAGGGAUACGUCGAGCUGCAGUCCGUCCCUGAGCAGCAGCACCUUCUGCCAGCGGCGCCACCCAGCUACGACCAGGCCACAACCAUUCCGGCGGAAACCACGGGACCGGGACCAGCUCCAGGUCCAUCUCCAGCGCCAGCCACCACCACCAGUACCCAGCACACGGUCGUCGUGGUGCCCGGUUCACCCUACGGCCCGGAGCCCAUGGACGUACAGUGUCCGUACUGCCACAACUUCGCCCGGACACGGGUCUCCUUCAAGCCCAACUCGCGCACCCAUCUGAUAGCCUUGAUAUUGUGCCUGUUCCAGUUGUACUGCUGCGUGUGCCUGCCGUAUUGCAUUGCCAGUUGCAUGAGCAUCAAUCACUACUGUGGCAUGUGCGAUCGCUAUUUGGGCACCUACGAUCGCAAGUAGGAGACCAAGAAUUUCGGGGCUACCUGUUCAUGUGUACACAUUUUCUUCAAGUAAUUAGUUAAUAAAUGGACUGCAGCACGCAAUGCGAACUAAAGCGAAGUAUUUCGUCAUUACCAGUGACGCUUUAAAGUUUUAAAGUGGCACGGAACUACAUUUUUGUGUUAGGGGAAUUAGCCCAUUUUCAGAUAUUGUUUGUAAGCAAUAAACAAAAUGUUAAAUGUAACUAUAAA